CGGGGCGCGCGCGCGGCCAUGGAGCGGAGCGGGCGCCGCCGCCGCCGGCACUGAGGGAGGGAGACGCGAGAGGGAGAAGGGAGCGCGUCCGCCCGGCCCCCGCCCCCGCCCCGCAGAAUGGACUGCUGAAUUGGGAUUUAUUGCAGACUCAACUGUAGAGCGCUGCUCAUUGCUUCAUCUAUUACCAGUUAUUUAAAUUGGACUUUUAAUAUCCUGCCAGCUGCUGUCCACACACACAUGGUGCAUUGUUGCCAUUCUCAGAAUUGCAUCUUUGAAACCCAGGCCCUCAGUAACCUUCACAGAAGAAAGAGGCGACCUCCUGCGUACAUUUGUAGAGGGAGUUUUUGGCCCUGCUGCCCUCUGGCUUUCUGGCUGCUGCUGUAUUUCUGAGACACUAUGGAGCCCAGUAUGGAGUACUGCUUAGCCCAGGUGCUGCAGAAGGAUGUUGGAAAAAGACUUCAGGUUGGCCAGGAAUUGAUAGAUUAUUUCUCAGAUAAACAGAAGUCAGCUGAUCUUGAACAUGAUCAGACUAUGCUGGAUAAAAUGGUUGAUGGACUGGCCACUUCUUGGGUAAAUUCCAGCAAUUAUAAGGUGGUUCUCCUGGGGAUUGACAUCAUCUCUGCACUGGUGUCCCGCUUGCAAGAUCGCUUCAAGGCCCAGAUUGGCACAGUGCUGCCAAGUUUACUUGAUAGGCUGGGUGAUUCUAAGGACUCAGUGAGGGAGCAGGAUCAGACCUUGCUGCUGAAAAUCAUGGAACAAGCUGCUAACCCUCAGUACGUGUGGGACAGGAUGCUGGGAGGAUUCAAACACAAGAAUUUUCGGACAAGAGAAGGGAUUUGCCUCUGCCUUAUUGCAACACUCAAUGCAUCUGGAGCUCAGAGUUUAACACUGAGUAAGAUAGUGCCACAUAUAUGUAACUUACUUGGAGAUCCAAACAGCCAGGUUCGAGAUGCAGCAAUAAACAGCCUUGUGGAAAUUUACAGACAUGUUGGUGAACGUGUAAGGGCUGAUCUCAGUAAAAAAGGAUUACCCCAGUCUCGGUUGAAUGUAAUUUUUACAAAAUUUGAUGAGGUCCAAAAAUCUGGAAACAUGGUCCAGACUUCAGUUGAUAAAAUUUUUGAUGAUGAAGACUCCGUGGAUGGGAACAGACCUUCCUCAGCCAGCUCCUCAACAUCUUCAAAGGCCCCUGCAAACUCACGCAGAGUUGGGAUGGGCACUACCCGCAGACUUGGCUCUGCACCUCUGGGCUCCAAGUCUUCAACAGCCAAAGAGGGAGCAGGUGCUGUGGAUGAAGAAGACUUCAUUAAGGCAUUUGAAGAUGUCCCAACAGUUCAGAUUUAUUCCAGCCGGGACCUUGAGGAAUCCAUAAACAAGAUCAGAGAGAUCCUGUCAGAUGAUAAACAUGACUGGGAACAGAGAGUUUCUGCGUUGAAAAAGAUCCGCUCCUUACUCUUGGCUGGAGCUGCAGAGUAUGAUAACUUCUUCCAGCACUUAAGGCUUCUGGAUGGAGCAUUUAAAUUAUCUGCUAAAGACCUGCGCUCUCAAGUCGUCAGAGAGGCUUGUAUCACCUUGGGACAUUUGUCAUCAGUUCUGGGAAACAAGUUUGACCAUGGGGCAGAAGCCAUCAUGCCAACAAUUUUUAAUCUAAUUCCAAAUAGUGCCAAAGUCAUGGCCACUUCUGGUGUUGUAGCAGUUAGAUUAAUCAUUCGACACACGCACAUCCCUCGGUUAAUACCCAUCAUAACCAGUAAUUGUACCUCCAAGUCUGUUGCAGUUAGAAGGCGCUGCUUUGAAUUUUUAGACUUGCUGUUGCAGGAGUGGCAAACACACUCCUUAGAAAGGCACAUAUCCGUGUUGGCUGAAACAAUAAAGAAGGGAAUUCAUGAUGCAGACUCUGAAGCCAGGAUAGAGGCAAGAAAGUGCUACUGGGGUUUCCACAGUCACUUCAGCCGAGAGGCAGAGCAUUUGUACCACACCUUGGAGUCUUCCUACCAGAAGGCCCUGCAGUCCCACCUGAAGAACUCUGACAGCAUCGUGUCCCUGCCACAGUCGGAUCGCUCGUCCUCCAGCUCCCAGGAGAGUCUCAACCGUCCACUGUCUGCCAAACGAAGUCCUACUGGAAGUACAACAUCAAGAGCAUCUACAGUAAGUACAAAAUCUGUGUCAACACCAGGAUCUCUGCAGCGAUCCCGCAGUGACGUCGAUGUGAAUGCAGCAGCUAGUGCCAAGUCAAAAGUGAUGUCUUCUGGAGCAUCCACCCCCUUCAGUUCUGCUGCAGCCUUGCCCCCAGGGUCAUACGCAUCACUAGGCCGGAUUCGCACCAGGAGGCAGAGCUCUGGCAGUGCCACCAGUGUCACCUCCACGCCUGCCGAUACCCGAGGCCGCAGCCGGGCUAAAGUGGUGUCCCAGUCCCAGCCUGGGAGCCGGUCUAGUUCUCCGGGUAAGCUCUUAGGAAGCUCCUAUGGUGGUCUGAGCAGUGGAACAUCCCGAGUCCAGCCAGUGCCAUCAUCCUCAGAGAAGCGCAGCAAGAUUCCUCGGAGCCAGGGCUGCAGUCGGGAGACGAGUCCCAACAGAAUAGGCCUAGCACGGAGCAGUCGUAUCCCCCGACCCAGCAUGAGUCAGGGGUGCAGUCGUGAUACCAGCCGUGAGAGCAGUCGAGAUACAAGCCCUGCUCGGGGCUUCCCUCCACUUGACCGGUUUGGACUCGGACAGCCAGGCAGGAUGCCUGCUUCUGUGAAUGCCAUGCGAGUCCUGAGCACCAGCACAGAUCUGGAGGCUGCUGUGGCCGAUGCACUGAAAAAGCCCGUGAGAAGGAGGUAUGAGCCCUAUGGGAUGUACUCCGAUGACGAUGCCAACAGCGACGCUUCCAGCGCGUGCUCGGAGCGCUCCUAUGGCUCCAGGAACGGGGGCAUUCCGCACUACCUGCGCCAGACUGAAGAUGUGGCCGAGGUCCUCAACCACUGCGCCAGCUCCAACUGGUCUGAAAGGAAAGAGGGGCUCAUAGGUCUGCAGAAUUUACUGAAAAGCCAACGGACACUGAGCCGAGUCGAGUUAAAGAGGCUGUGUGAAAUAUUUACUCGCAUGUUUGCUGACCCUCACAGCAAGAGAGUCUUCAGCAUGUUUCUGGAAACCCUGGUUGAUUUCAUCAUCAUUCAUAAAGAUGACUUGCAGGAUUGGCUUUUUGUUCUCCUGACCCAGCUGCUAAAGAAAAUGGGAGCAGAUUUGUUGGGGUCUGUGCAGGCAAAAGUUCAAAAAGCUCUGGAUGUCACCAGGGAUUCUUUUCCAUUUGAUCAGCAAUUUAACAUUUUGAUGAGGUUCAUUGUAGAUCAGACCCAGACACCAAACCUGAAGGUCAAAGUUGCUAUCCUGAAGUAUAUCGAGUCCCUGGCAAGACAGAUGGAUCCAACAGACUUUGUGAAUUCCAGUGAGACAAGACUUGCUGUAUCUAGAAUUAUAACUUGGACUACAGAACCAAAGAGCUCAGAUGUCAGAAAGGCAGCACAAAUAGUCCUGAUUUCUCUCUUUGAAUUGAACACUCCUGAGUUUACCAUGUUACUUGGUGCCUUGCCAAAAACAUUCCAGGAUGGUGCUACCAAGCUCCUGCACAACCACCUCAAGAACUCCAGUAACACCAGUGUGGGUUCUCCCAGCAAUACCCUUGGUCGGACUCCUUCCCGGCACUCCAGCAGCAGAACCAGCCCCUUAACUUCACCUACCAACUGUUCCCAUGGUGGACUGUCUCCAAGUCGGCUCUGGGGUUGGAGUGCAGAUGGGCUGUCGAAGCACCCCCCUCCCCUUUCUCAGCCUAACUCCAUCCCCACUGCUCCUUCCCACAAGACUUUCAGACGCUCUUACUCUCCCAGUAUGCUGGAUUAUGACACGGAGAACCUAAACUCUGAUGAAAUCUACAGCUCUCUUCGUGGAGUCACUGAAGCAAUUGAGAAAUUUAGUUUCCGUAGUCAAGAGGACCUGAAUGAGCCAAUCAAACGUGAUGGAAAGAAGGACUGUGACAUUGUGUCUCGGGAUGGUGGCCUUGCUCUCCCUAGUGGCGAUGUCCGCGGAAGCGGUGACAUUGUGGAAGGCGGCCGGAUGGCUCUGGAUAACAAAACCUCCCUCCUGAACACGCAGCCUCCCCGCGCCUUUUCAGGGCCCCGUGCUCGGGAGUACAACCCCUAUCCUUACGCUGACACCAUUAACACUUACGACAAGACUGCCCUGAAGGAAGCCGUGUUCGAUGACGACAUGGAUCAGCUGCGGGAUGUACCCAUUGACCAUUCGGAUUUGGUGGCUGAUCUUCUGAAAGAGCUCUCCAACCACAACGAGCGGGUGGAGGAGCGGAAAGGAGCUCUCCUGGAAUUGCUAAAGAUCACAAGGGAAGAUAAUCUUGGAGUUUGGGAGGAGCAUUUCAAAACCAUUCUGCUCUUGCUGCUGGAAACGCUUGGAGACAAAGAUCAUUCAAUCAGAGCCCUGGCACUGCGAGUCCUGAGGGAGAUCCUGCGGAACCAGCCGGCAAGGUUCAAGAACUACGCAGAGUUGACUAUCAUGAAAACACUGGAAGCGCACAAGGAUUCCCACAAGGAGGUCGUCAGAGCUGCUGAGGAAGCUGCUUCCACCCUGGCGAGUUCCAUCCACCCUGAGCAGUGCAUCAAGGUGCUUUGCCCCAUCAUUCAGACUGCAGAUUAUCCAAUUAACUUAGCUGCCAUCAAAAUGCAAACAAAAGUCAUCGAGAGGAUUUCUAAGGAAUCGUUGCAUCAGCUCCUACCUGAUAUCAUUCCUGGGUUGUUACAGGGUUAUGAUAACACGGAGAGCAGUGUCAGAAAAGCCAGUGUAUUUUGCCUAGUGGCUAUUUAUUCAGUAAUUGGAGAAGAACUGAAACCUCAUCUCGCACAACUCACAGGAAGCAAGAUGAAGCUACUAAACUUGUAUAUAAAGAGGGCACAGACCACCAACAGCAACAGCAGCUCCUCUUCAGAUGUUUCAACGCACAGUUAAUGGAGAUCUGUGGACAUGUGUGUAGACUUAGAAGCAAUCAACGGUGCCUCUCAGAGACCUUUCUGCUACUCUUCACUGGCACGCUCCAUCAGCUUAAGGAGGCCAUGCAGAUAUUUAUUGCAAUCAGUAUUUUAGUCCCUUAAAAGCUUUUAUGUAGAAUCUUACUCGUAUUGAAUGUAAAGGAAGCAAGGUCUGUGUCGCAGUCUUCAUUAAAAGUGAACAUCAGAAAGCCAUACUUAAACAUAUUUGCAUAGCCUGCUGAAAUCUCAGAAAUAUGUUUAGGUUAGCAUUCUAACACUGAAUCCAAGAACCUGGACACAUGUAAAAGUCAAACAAAUCUUGUUUAGUUCAUACCCAGUUUUGGUUUCUGUGGGUUAGUUACCUGCUCUCUCCCCUCACCCAUUCUGGCUGGGUCCUUCUCUUCUUUCAAGUCUUGUGUUCCUAUUCUGAAAUCCCUGUUGCAGCUUGCCUGACUUGCAGGGCCCUCCAUGGGGAGAUCUUUGCAGGUGUGGCUGUGAUUCCAGCCUUAGAUGCUUUAAUACUGAGAGAUACCAAGUGAGUAAUGAAAGUAGGUUCUUUUUAAACAUCUGAGUUUUGUACAUAGAUCUGACAGACCCCAGAUGGGCUGAUCUCUCUGUAACUGCUAUCCAGCCAGCUGUGCUGUGCAUAACAGCUGGGCUCUUGCUCUUUUCAUUGACUUUGUAAAUACUUGCCCCCUCUCAACACAUUUGGCUCUUUCAUAUGUUCAAAAGACUCUCCUGUUACUCCCCAAAGGGAACCUGAGACCCAGUUCUGGGACUGAUGUCUGCAAAUAGGAUAGUGGAGUUGGGUGGGUGGGAUUGGGUUAGGCUCUGAGUGGGUCAGUGGGUGGGCAGUGGGAGCUGGCAGAGCUGUGCUUCAGUGCCAGCUGUUCUCCUUGAAAUCUGUAGCAUCAAAGGGCUGAUCUGCUGCUCUGACUGACCCACUGAUGCUGGAUGGCUUUGUCCUCACAGCUCCUUUGCACUUUGGGCAAUAUGUUCAUCCCAGAGGACAAAAAGGUUGUCUGAAUCUGAACAGAAAUACCACAUGGAAGCACCUCUGAGCCAACUGGGACAGUGCUGGUUGCCUGCCACAGCCCCUCCUGUUCCUGAAGACCCUGCAGUGAUGUUAACUACCCUUAGAAGCCUCCUUUGUGCCAUCUCCAUGCACAGGCUUGCUGAGUGCUCUGCAUUUCAGAAGAGCGGGGGUCCCUCGUCGGGCACUGCUGGCAGCAGGGUGCUCUGGGUGAGGUGUUUGCAGCCUGAUGACACAGAUCAGGUCAGAGGCAAACCAGCAGCAAUGAAAUACCCUGCAGCACCGCCCUUCCCUGCACAGAGACCCUUCUUCCUGCAAAGGGAGAGCUCCCCCUGGCUCUGCCUGUAACCAGGGAAGGCAGGAGGUUGUUAAUUGGCCCUGGGCUGGGUUCUGGCUGAUGGGCAUGCCCUCCCCAAACCUGCCAUGGAUCCCAGCUGGGGUUUUGCCUCCAGUGCCAGUGAUGCAAGAGGGUGAUGGACUUGCAGCUUAUGGCUGCAGCUGUGGUGAUGGAUGUGUGCUCCGUGGCUGCUCUCAGUGCCCUGGAGUCUCUCAGCUUCCUCCAUCUCCCCUUUAGGGAGCUGAAGGGACACCUUGGGAACAUACUGAGAACAUGAGACUCCAUUGCUGCAGCAGGGGAGGGUAAAGCCCCAUCCAUCAAUUAUCCCUCUGUGUUUCAACCCUAUCCCUGGGGAGUUAAGCUGGGAGCUGACACUUGGUGCCAGCUUUUCUCCCAGUUCUCUUCUCAGGAGGGAUUGGGGCUGGUGGGGGACUAUGUGUCACUGGGCUGCAAAGCUGGUUGGUCCCUUUCCCUGCUCACCUGAGAGCAGGGGACAUGACCUGCUCCUGGUACACACAUGUGAGGCUUUUGCUGGCUGCAGGGCUAAUUCCCUCAUCUUUCCCAACCAGUAAUGCUAUGGCAGGAGAAACCAUGUGCUUUCCUGGGGUGGGGGAUUCCCCCAGGGUCUUUUUGCAGGCUCAGAAAAGCCAUCCUCACUAAAGGGGGGGGAUUGGCUGUUCCAUGGUUCGUGUCUGCCUUUCCGUGGACCAUUUCUUUUCCACAUCUUUCUGUGUGCUUGUUAGAAUGCUCUUUUUAAAUUUUUUUUGAAUGCUUCAAAUUUGAUUUUAACACAAAUUUAUUUUUCCUUUUGAGGAAAUACUCAGUUGACUUGUUGGCAGCAGUUAAGCUGUCUUGUUUGAGUUUUUAGUAGUGGGCUAGGUUUUUUUGGGGGGGGUGUUGGUUUUUUGUUUUGUUGUUUUUUUUUUUUUUUUUUUUAAUUGUGCUCUUAACUGCUUAGUAUUUAUGCCUCUCUUUCUCCCCAUCUCAGCUCAGCAUCUUCUGUUCCAGUUCUGGUGGUCAGAAGGUCAGCAUAGCUGACCAGGUGGUGUUAGUCCCUCCCAGCUGUGAUGGAGCUUGGUCUAUCAUCAUUUGCUGUUUGUUGGUUUUAAUUUUUUUCCUUUCCAUUGAAUGGCACACUGUAGCAAAUCUCCAGGAAUCGAAUUCCUUCUGAAAUGAUUUUAUAUGCUUUAUAAAAUCCUGUUGGUAUGCACUGAGAGUGAAGGCACUGUAUGUCCCUGACUCUGCAGUCAGGGGCCGAGCUCGUCCUUGAGAAGGCGCCUGCGGCCAGCCUGCGCUUCCCGAGCCCCAGCACCGAGGGGCUGCAGGGGGAACCAGGCCUUACUUCCUGAAUCAGAUUCAGUUCUGUUUGUCAACAGAUGCUCAUCAAUGUGCUACUUGAUUUCAUUGCCUGAGUCGAGGACUGUCCAUCCUUUGAGUACUCUAGGGUGUGUUCUGCCUGUCCACAGUAGGAGCGUUCUGCUUAGGUAUUUAUAAAUCAUCGCCGACAAUGUACAUAGUAGGGUUGUUUAGUAUGUUGAACAUGACCCAGUUUUUAUUUUGUGUUUCCUUUGAAGUACUCAAAGGGCUAGCUCUGAAUGUCACCUCUCUGAUCUCCAGUUUUGACUUCAACAAGCUGUACAAUCAUCUUGUUUUCUCUUCAGCAAGCAUAAAGGUCUCUCUGGCUACAAAUCACAGUGUCCACGCACGCUUGCAGAGGAAAGUCUGCAUGCUGCAGUGCCUCACUGCUCCGGUGAAGCUUGUGUUCACCUUCUCCUGGCAGUAGCCACCUACUGCAGCUGCCUUUUUUUUUCAUGCUGCAUAUUAUGCAGGGCUUCAAUUUUUCGUACCUUUAAAAAAAAGGAAAAAAAAAAAAAGAAAAAAAAAAGAAAAAAAAGUGUAUUUUCUUUGCCCACCAUGCUUUAAAAAUCUGAAUGGGAGAAAACUCUCAGCAGACAGCAGCUCUUGGCUGCAAGGUUGCCGAAGUCUCAGAUGUGGAUGUUUUUUCUGCCAUUGGCUGCACCAGUGCUCCGUGGGCAUGGGCAAAUCCCGGCUCCAUCUGCCCCACAGGUCUACGUACUGUAGUUCUCAUGUAGUUCAGAAAUACCGAGGCAUGUGGCUUUCUUAAGGUACACUAUGUGUGCUUGCCUGGAUUACAAUACAAUACAAGACUGUCUUUUUAAUUGCUUAUUACUAGCUUACCAAUAACCUGUAAAAGUAAUGUAACUUGCAUCUUUGUCAUCAGAACCUUUUCUCCCCACCCCUUUAUUUAUCAAGCAUAAUAUUACAUAUUAAGGGACAGAAAACUAGACCUUUGUAGUACACAGCAGGACGUUGCUAACAAUGUUUUAAAUGGGAAGCAAAAAAUGCUCUGAAAAAUGCCAGCCAUGAGAAAUGACUUUGUUGGCACCGUGUUCAUGCGCAUGUAUUUUUUUCUAUUUUUUCCGCUUUUGUCAUGUUACAUCCAUAUCUGUAUUUAUAUCUUAUUUGUUUCACUUUUGAGUGUAUCAUGGCAAUUGUACAGAUGUUUUUUGUUAACAUUUACGUGAUAGAAUUUGCUAAAAAAAAAAAAAUUAAAAUAAAACCUUUUGAGUUUGCCCUAGA